CCUGCUAGCGACUAAGAUCCUCGGCUGUCCAAACCUAUCAUCUUAGCCCGCCCACCCACUGGCAUACGCGCGACUAUGGCUGCCCCGGCACCCCUUUAUGUACCUCCUUUCUUCGACACGGGAGCACUCAUUCUGGAAUAUGAGCACGGCCUCCAACGCCUAGCGAUAGGACGUGGGCAGUUGGAGGCAUUACAGGGCGGUCCAGACGCCAUAUUAUCCUACCUUUCGUAUAAAUCACAUACGCAGCAGGCGCGGGGGUUGGAGGGUGCUUUCCGCAUGCAGCCUUUGGGUCCGCUCGAAUGGAUCCCUGUCGAUCCCGCGGCGUGUAGGGAGUUGCUGCGGUAUAUGCACAAGGUCCGGGUAGUCUAGGCUGGGGGGUGGGAGAGCACGAGGAAGACAAGGAGCCUGCUGCAUGAUUUAUGGUGACCGUCGAAGUUGAAGCCAAGAUUGAAGUUGGAGUUGUACGCUGCACGUGUGCCGGACUGCCGGUCCGCAAACAAAACUCGAUUUCUUUGGGAAUUUCAACGGAC